UCUCUCUCUCUAAUUCUUGCUUCACUGGAAAGAUAGACAAAUUAGCUCAAAAAGGAAUACUAAGAAAAGUAUGGGGAGAGCUCCUUGUUGUGACAAAGCUAACGUCAAGAAAGGCCCGUGGUCACCUGAAGAAGACGCCAAACUCAAGGCAUAUAUUGAGCAGCAUGGUACUGGUGGAAACUGGAUCGCUUUGCCUCAGAAAAUUGGCCUUAAGAGAUGUGGGAAGAGCUGCCGUCUCAGAUGGUUGAACUACCUCCGCCCAAAUAUCAAGCAUGGAGGAUUCUCUGAAGAAGAAGAUGGGAUUAUUUGCAGCCUCUAUAUUAGUAUUGGGAGCAGGUGGUCUAUUAUUGCUGCACAAUUACCGGGGAGGACUGAUAAUGAUAUAAAGAAUUAUUGGAACACGAGGCUUAAGAAGAAGCUUCUUGGCAAGCAACAGAAAGAGCAACAGUCUCGUAGAGGGAGCAGCCUAAAGCAAGAUAAGAAGAGUUCAGGGAAUGGAGAGUCCAUGGUUCCUGAUCACAAUCAAAGCCCUUACUGGCCACAGCUGCCUGUGCUGGCGGCGCCCAUACCAUACUCAAGUCAAGAACAAUGCAUUGACAGCCAAGACUCAAUGAGAAGGUUACUAAUCAAGCUUGGAGGAAGAUUUUGUGAUGAUGAUCAUGUGAUUAAUGAUGGAACAACUCUUCAUCAUUUUCCAAAUGAUUCAUCCUCCGCUGAUCGGCAACUUUAUGAGCAGACUGUCCAUAUGCCGUCUUAUUCUUCUUCUCCCAUGGAUGCCUUAAACAAUAAUAUUGGUACUCAGUUUGUGAACUCCCAGUACACUGUAAAUGGAGCAAAUCUGCACAUGCUGCAAGGACAAAGCAGUUUUUCUUCAGAACUCCAGGAAAUGGCACGUAGCAACCUACAAAGAUUAGAUGGAAUGGAGUUUAUAUAUGGGGAAGGCAUGGUCAAUAAUAGAGCUGUAAAUUCAUGUGAAAGCAUUGGCUGGGGUGAUACAAGCUCUCUGGUUUGCCCUCCUGUUGCUUCAGAAUAUGAAGGGAUACAACAACAAGGAAUGUUGCAAGAAUACGCUUUCAGUGAGUUGAGGUACCCAGGAGCACAAUAGCAUGCUGUAAAUGGAAUGUAUUAAGUUGGAAGAAAUAAGGAAAGAGAGGUGUUGAAAUAUUGUUAGAGAGAAAACCCUAAUAAUAAUCUGGUUCAGUUAUAUGUUUGAUUUCUUUUGUUCAAGCUUAUUCUAUCAACGGUGACUGUAAUUUAUCUAACUAUUAUUCGUAUC